AUGGUACAACAACCUGAGGGGGUUCAUGGAAAUGGAACGAAUGGGGAAUUGCAGAACAAAGAGGUCCCUGCUGAUGGUGGUGAAAUGGUUAAGCUGCUGAUAGAGGGGCUGGAAACUGGGGGUGUUAUAGGGGCUACUACUGCUGUGGAAGUUGAGAAUACUGAUGUUACAAUGGAGACAACACAAGGGGGAGUCGGUGACAAGGAACCAAACCCUGAAGGGUGA